UCGUGCUGUGCGGUUCGUGCCGUGGUUCGUACAUGUUCUGCGUGUCGCGCGGUGUGCUUUCGCGUCCGACCCGAAAGUCGGUUUUCGUUACACACCGGCUUCGUUGCUGUCCUCACCUUUGACAGCCGCGUCGAUUGCCGCGCGUUCCCGAGCGAACAGUUACGCGAGACUCGCCGCCGCGUCUGUGCUCCCCGUAUAUCGACUGACACCGCGAAUUGAAGCACUCGUCUCGCCUCGGCUGUACGUGCGUCGUCGUUGCCUCGUCGUGCCUCCGAUCCACUCCGGUCAAGUGGAACCAGCAGCCGAACGACUGACGCAACUGUACUCCCCGCGUCCACGUUACUUACUGCGCCAGGACUUCUACCCUCUCGGAUGACAGGGGAAGGUCACACCGUCUGCGUGUCGUUGAGGGAAGAAUUCGUCGGUGAUCGAGCGGACUGAGGUACGGCCCGGAGGGUAGACGUCAAGCUGCACCGUGUGGUCGUCGGUGCGUCACGAGAGUCGUUAGGUGCGGGAUUCGCGAUACGAAGCGGAGCUUAAGAUCAAUAGCCGAGCGUGCAAGACGCGCGGGCUUUCGAACGAAAGCUUCGCGUCCUCGAUUCCACGGUGUGUUUCGACAGAGUGACAGGUGGAUUCUUCGUUGCGCUGAGAGGGAUCGUGAUAUCACGACCGGAGGACCGGUGUGCGUUGACACCUGCGUCCGUGGCUCCGAUUGGACCGCUCGUGGCUCGUAAUUUUCCACGCAUUGUACGAUCGUUCUGUGAACAACCGUCGGUUCAUCAACAAGCAUCGUCGCCGGUGUCCCCAAGAAGAAGAGUAAUCGUGCCCUUGCACGUUAGAGUGUCGUUCGUCGAUCCACAACAUUGUGCAGAAAGUGUUUCUUUCCUUUUUUUUUUUUCUGUUUGUUGUCCGUUCGCGACGAAGCGACUCCAGGGAAUAUUACCUGUCGACCAAGAACACAGCCUACGCAUGCCGUGCAUAGAGGUCCUGAAUCUACCUUUCUUAUCCCCCAUAUGCAAGCACGGGCGAAUUUUUCGGCUGCUGCACGUGACUUAGAUGGCUGGGAAAUAAGGGAUCACGGGAUUCGCGAGUGUCGAAUCGACUGAGCCUCCCGACUCGGUAUCGGCAGAGAGCCGGAAGAAGCGAGCCGGUUCGAAAAGAGCCGCUCCCCAGUAAGCUUCCACGUUAGGUUAGGCCACGAGCUUUUGUUUUUCGUCGUGGGAAGCUGUUGGUGGGCUCGUCGGGCCCACCCUCUCAUUGGUCAAGCUGGCGAGCGCUCUAACCGCUGGUAUGAACCCCCACCAUCCGGGCCACUCGGCAGCCUACCCGCAUCAUCCCUCGCUCUCCAGCAGUCCGCAUCAUUCCGGGCCUCAUCACGGCUACAGUACCGGCGGCGGAGGCGGUGGAGGCGGCGGUGGCGGCACCACAACCACCCCGGACCUGCCUAGUCCCCAUUCGCCGCCCCAUGGGCCAGCAAUCGACCCGGCUACCCCGUACGGCUCCCUCCAGCCUGGACAGGGCAUGGGUAGCAACGGGCAUCAUCACAGCGGUGCUGGAAUGAUGACCGAUCAUCCACAUCACCCUGGACACCCACACCCUCACUUACCGGGACAUCCUGCUUAUCCACCGGUCAAUCACAACAACAAUUGUACGCUUAAGCAAGAAGGUGGCCCAAGUGGACCAACGGGGAUCCAGCAGUGUGCCGGUUGCGGCGGUCAAAUAGUCGAAAGAUGGCUGUUGCUGGCGAUGGAUCGGUAUUGGCACAACGGUUGCCUCAAGUGCUCGUACUGUGGCGCGGCACUGGCGGAAAUCGGCCACUCGUGCUACACCAGGAGCGGCAUGAUCCUCUGCAAAAGCGACUACAGAAGGUAAGGGUGUACUCACGUUUCUCUUGAAAGUAGCCCGGCCUUCCAUUCACCUACCUAAUGCCACGAGUAUCGUUGCGAAUUUGUGAAACCAACUACGAAAUCCGUGUAGCGAUCGCGAGAUUCCAAUGACUGGCGUCGUGAAUCGAAAAUAUCAACAAUUGCCUCCUUUCAGCCGAAAACUCGUCAUUAGGAAGUAAUUAGGUAUUAGAUUUCGACCUUUGAAAAAUAUUAGGAACACAUAUUUUUCAUUCUUUGUCGAUAGA